AUGCUGGAGUUGAUGGCUGUUGCAUGCGCAUCAUCUGAUGCCUCCACUGCUGCCGCCAGUGCCUCCACCAGUGCCCACACCACCACCUUGUCUCAGCCGCCAGCUGACUUUGCUUGGCAACGUGGCUACUCCUGGUAUCCUGACACUCCUGGAGCCUACCCUGCAAGCAAGAUGACCUGGUACUACAAUUCCGGUGGUCUCUACGAUCAGAUGCAUGCUUCUUCGGAUGCGUCCACUGUCGCAGCAGGCUCCCUGUCGCAGGCUCACACCACCACCCUGGCCAACCCCAACUCGGCUGACUUUGUCUGGCAACGGGGGUACGGAUGGUACCCUGACACCCCCGGUGCCUACCCGGCGUCCAAGUGGACCUGGUACUACAACUCCGGUGGUCUCUACGAUCAGUCCCACCAGCUCGGAGCCGUGCCCGUGGAUUCCAAGGACGUGAGCUGUGUCAAGCAGAACAAGCCCACUCCUGCGUCUCCCGGACACCUUCUUCUCUGCGGCCAUGCCUUCAUCCUUGGUGCUGCUGAGGCAACGGUUGAGGCCAUCAAGACCGGAGACGUCUCCAAGUGGGAGGAGAACUUCAAGGGCGCCUCGAAUGCGGCGGCCAAUGCUGUCAGCCCUGUCGGCGGGUACAUCAUGUCCGAGCACCUCGUCAAGACGAACUAGAUGCUGGUCGAUGUGUGAGGACAUCCAGUCUUGCAGGAUUGUGAAGAGCAGAAUCAGCUGGUUCAUACCCUUUCUUU